AUGAAUUAAUUUAAUCGUAUAGACUAUGAACAACAAUAUUUUUUCGAAAAUCUUGAGCUUACACCCAUAGAUGAAGGAUUAUACAAAUAAAAAGGGAAAUAUUGUUUUUACGGAAAUCAACAUGAAGCAGAUUUCUUUAUUCACUAUUAAAAUGGAAAUCUUAGGUACAUUAAAAAUGGAGUUGUUCUCAAAAUGUAAAUAUUUUAUUUUUUUAGAUCCUUCAAUAGAGUUCCAAUCAACGAUAUUAAAAAUCCCCCUAAAAUUAUUUUUGAUCUAGAGUAGGUCAAAAAUUUAUAAUGGGAAGGAGAAAUAGGAGACUAGGAAUAAUGUAUAGGGCAAUGGAAGGCAAAAUGGAAUGGGUAAAAUUUAAGCGUGGGCGGAUUUUAUAAUGAUUUUGGAAUUAAAAUUGGAAAGUGGUCAGAAUUGGGAAAUCAUACUUACAAGUACUGCUUUAUUAGAUUUUUCUUAGCGAAGAUUAUCUAAUUCAUAAAGGAGAGUACAAUUGGGGUAAAAAAAUUAGUAUAUGGGAAACAUUGUUGCAAGAUAGGAUAAUGUAAUAAUAUAUAUACUCUUAGCGGAUUUGGUGUUUAUAAUAAAGAAGGAAUUAAAAAUGGGAAAUGGUUUGAGCCAAUUUAAAGUUAUUCCAAGUAUAUAGAUGUAAUAUAAAGCUUGAAUAUUGCUAUUUGGAUUGGAAACUAUAAUAAAGGUAAAAAAAUUGGAUAUUGGAACGCAAUUUAUAAAAAAAGUUAAUGUCAUAAUGACUUUAUGCCUCUGUAAAAAUGAUUAUAAAGUUAAGUGGAGGUGGAAAUUAUACCAAAGAUGGAGUAAAAAAUGGAUAUUGGAUUGAUUUUGAUGACACAAAUCAGGGGUAUUUCAAAUCUAAGUUUUAUUAGUGGUUUAUUUGCAGUGAAAAUUGGGUAAUAUUCAAUUGGGAACAAAAUUGGAAAAUGGAUAAUAUAGUACCAGGAUUAAAUCAUGUAUUUUAAUAUAUUACUUAAGUGGAGGAGGAUAUUAUGAUGAAUAAGGAUAAAAAGUUGGCAACUGGGUCGAAGUUCAUGAAAAAUUUAAUUGGUAUAUUUUUAAUUAAUUUCUUAUUCACUGCCAAAUAACUUUUCAUGGAUUUUAUAAAAAUGGGAAAAGAAAUGGGUUUUGGCAAUAUUUUUACUACUUGACUCUAUUAAUGUAUAAAUUUAUUUUAAGCCAAGGGGACAUGGCCGAUUUGAUGAAAAUGGAGUUAAAUAGGGAAAAUGGGUAGAGUUAUUUUAGAAUUUUUGGAGGUUUUUAUUUUUUAAAUUUAUCAUAGCUCGUGUCAAAUUACUGAAGAAGGAGAAUAUUAAAAUGGAAAAAGAGUAGGGCUUUGGUAUACUAUUGAGAACAAUAAAAUUAUGUAAAUACGUUUUACUACUAUUUAUAAGAUCUGGAGGAAUUUAUAAUGACAAAGAAUAAAAGAAUGGUAUAUGGAGAGAUUUGCACGAAAAUUUCAGCUGGUAGGAUUGUUUAAUACUUUAGCUUUUGCGAAAUAUCUUAUGAAGGGUAAUAUAAGUCAGGUAUCAAAGUUGGAUACUGGAAAACAAUUUUCUAAUCUGAGCAGCACGUGUAAAAGAUGCAAUAAUAAUUUAGUGGAGGUGGAAAUUAUGAUGAGAAAGGUAUAAGAAAUGGCAGAUGGGCUGAUUUAGACGAAAAUUUUAAUAGAAAUUUUGGCACGUCCUUUGUUUAAUAUAUAUAAAAUUAUGAAUGUGGUCUAAAAAAAGGAGAGUUGACAUAACAACCCUUUCGAUGA